AUGCGAACGAAAGCGCAAGCAGCCGCCACCUUGGAGGCAAUCGGAUACAAGACUAGUCCUUGGAUCAUUUUCGGCAGUCUCGGCGCAUGGUCAGCGACUUUGAAGGCAGGCUCUGAAUCUACAAGCCGCUUGGGCGUGGUCAAGAACAUCCUGUGGCGCCGCCUUCACCAGCUUGUUGCGAAGUUCCCCGAGGUCUGGAAGUGGGUACGGGAGGAGUUUGUGACCCUUGAAACUGCGAAGAAAAUGCUCCUUGCCUACACCCAAGUCGGCCAAGGCAUUGUAACGGCCUCGGUUCACGGCAACAUGUCGUGA